UUGACUCAUUGCUGCAAUUUUGGGGCUUGGGCCAGACAAUGUUAUGGCAAGAAAAAUCCGAUUUCGGAAAAUUAGAUGAUACGUACGAUUUUAUCAUCGUUGGUGCCGGAAGUGCGGGUUGCGUUCUCGCCAAUCGUCUCUCAGAAAUGAAAAACUGGAAAGUUCUCCUCAUCGAAGCGGGCGGCAGUGAAAAUCUCCUCAUGGAUGUGCCGCAAAUUGUGCAUUUAUUACAACAGCUCGACGUGAAUUGGGGCUACAAAACCGCACCGAGCAACAAAUAUUGCCUCGGCAUGGUGAAUCAUCAGUGCAAUUGGCCCCGGGGACGAGUGAUGGGCGGCUCUAGUGUCCUUAACUACAUGAUUUACACGCGUGGCAACGAACGAGACUACGAUAAUUGGGCCGCCAUGGGCAACGAAGGAUGGGAAUUUAAAAAUGUCCUGCCGUACUUUAAGAAAAUCGAGACGGUGCAAGUUCACGGCUUGAACAUGUCGAUGGAUUAUCGCGGCACGGAGGGACCAAUUACCGUUUCCACGGAGUUUUGGACCAGCAAACAGGCAAAAGCGUUCAUCAAGGCGGGCAUCGAGAUGGGAAUGCCGUUAAAUGACUACAACGGCCCCACGCAGAUUGGCGUGUCGCAGAUUCAGAGUAACCUGAAACGCGGAUUUCGUCAAAGCUCGAAUGUCGCGUAUUUGUAUCCGAUUCAGAACAGACGAAAUUUGCACGUGAAAAAACACAGUUUGGUCACGAAAUUAGUCAUUGACGAAAAAAGUAACAAAGUGACGGGCGUUAAAUUCAUUCAAGAUAACAAAACGUUCUUCGUCAAGGCGAAGCGUGAAGUAAUUGUCUCUGCUGGAGCAAUUAAUUCGCCGCAAUUGUUGAUGUUAUCCGGCAUUGGACCAGCAAAACAUUUAAAAAAAUUCGAUAUUAAACCGAUUGUUGAUCUCCCAGUUGGUUACAAUUUGAUGGAUCAUACGGCGCCCGGUGCGAUCACUCUUCUUUGCAACCACACAAAUACCGAUUUUAAUCGCAUCAUGGACGAAUUCAACACAAAUUUCGUGAAUUUCAUGCAACGUGGCAAAGGACCGAUCACCGGGCCCGGCGGAUGUGAAAGUGUCGUCUUUUACGACUCGGAGAACCCAAAGGCGCGUGAUGGUUAUGCAGAUAUCGAGUUGUUGCAAUUGGGCGGAUCCGUCACGUCUUUCCCGACAUUCCGCAAUAACUUUGGCAUCGAUCCCGCCAUUUACGACAAAAUGUGGGGCGACUUGGAAGAUCAAGCAAAAGGCGCUUUUAUGGUAUUUCCAAUGGUUUUACGUCCCAAAAGUCGUGGGCGCAUCCUUUUGAAGAGCAAUAAUCCGAAAAAAUAUCCUUUGAUUUUCCCAAAUUACUUUAGCGAUCACAAAGACAUCGAAAUUUCCAUCCGAGGCAUCAGAUUGCUGCAAGAAAUGCUCAAAACGAACGCCAUGAAGGCCCUCAACGUACGGAUGUUGGAACGAAAGGUUCCGGGAUGCGAAAAUUAUGUGUAUGACAGUGACGAAUAUUGGGAGUGCUACACGAGGACAUUUACUUUUACGAUUUACCACUACAGUGGUACGUGCAAAAUGGGGCCGCCCAGUGAUAAAGCGGCUGUCGUUAGUCCAAGACUGAGAGUUUAUAACAUAAGUAAUUUAAGGGUUGUCGACGCCAGCAUUAUGCCAGAUAUUAUUGCUGGUCAUCCUAAUGGACCAACGAUGAUGAUCGCUGAAAAAGCAGCCGACAUGAUAAAAGAGGAUUGGCAUUACAAAUGAUAAUUUUUUUUAAAGAUUUUCCUUCACACGACUAGUUUU